AUGCAAUUAAUGACUCUACCACAUGUGCGGAAGGACGGUGAUGUGCUGGCAAUGGGCAUUGAGGGUAGCGCCAACAAACUUGGUGUAGGCAUUAUACGCUACUGCACUAAUGGUGAAACAGAGAUAUUGUCAAACCCUCGCAAGACAUACAUUACGCCACCGGGUCAAGGCUUUCUGCCGCGUGAAACGGCGUGGCAUCAUCAGAACCACGUGGUGGGUAUUGUUCGGGCGGCAUUGGAAGAGGCCAAUUUGUCACCACAACAAUUAGACUGUAUAUGCUACACUAAGGGUCCAGGAAUGGGAGGUCCACUGCGCUCUGCUGCCGUAUGCGCCCGCAUGUUGUCGCUGUUGUGGAAGAAACCGCUCGUAGGCGUCAAUCAUUGUGUCGGUCAUAUUGAGAUGGGUAGGUCGGUGACCAAGGCCACCAACCCCGUCGUGCUGUAUGUCAGUGGUGGCAACACUCAAGUCAUCGCCUAUUCAAUGCAAUGCUAUCGCAUUUUUGGAGAGACGAUCGAUAUUGCUGUCGGAAACUGUUUGGACCGCUUUGCGCGAGUGCUGGAGCUUUCAAAUGACCCGAGUCCCGGAUACAAUAUUGAAGUGCUGGCGAGAGAAGGCAAGAAAUAUGUUGAGCUUCCGUAUAUUGUAAAGGGAAUGGAUGUUUCGUUUUCGGGUAUCUCGACAUUCAUUGAGAAGGAGGCCAACGACAAGAUUACAUCGGGCGAAUGUACCAAGGCAGACUUGUGUUACUCUCUACAAGAAACAAUCUUUGCGAUGCUCGUUGAAAUUACAGAGCGUGCAAUGGCUCACUGUGGACAGUCAGAGGUGCUAAUUGUUGGCGGUGUGGGAUGCAAUUUGCGUCUCCAAGAAAUGAUGAGUAUUAUGGCGAAGGAACGCAAUGGACGCGUCUGUGCAAUGGACCAUCGCUAUUGCAUUGAUAAUGGCGCGAUGAUUGCUCAAGCUGGUGUCUUACAAUUUCAGUACGGUGAGGACACUCCACUGGUGGAGGCUACGUGCACGCAACGAUUUCGCACCGAUGAGGUUCCUGUGAUUUGGCGCUCUGAUUAA